ACUAAGGACUUUGUUGUAGAGGUUAUUGUAAGGGCUUACUUGGGCUGCGUGCCAAUAGUGUCUGAGCUUACCGUGAACAUUGAAGCCCGCACGUAGAUUUUACGAGACAAACUGACAUAGCUUCUAUGUUAGAAUCUGCCUACCAUGUAGACUCCAAGACGUCGCCAGGAAGCAAACGAUAACUAGAAGUGCACUCCCUUGACGCUUUGCACCAGUCCGAAUAGCGAAAGAAUGCUGGCUCUGGGCCGGCUAAGCGCCUGCAGUGGCCGUGCCGAACUCGGUGCGACCUGCAACGCAAGCGGACAAGCGACGGCAUCGAGAACCCCUCGCGCCUAUGCGAGAAGUGCUGUCGAGUCCGGCUUGAGGCCGGGGUCCAAGUUGGAGGCUCGAGUUGCGCGAGUUCCAACACGAGCUGUGCCAGGUCAGGUAGUGGCGUCUUCCCAAGCGGCGAGCGUGGGGGACCCAGACCAGCAGCAGGCUGGCACGAGUGGGUCCAGCACCUCUUGGCCCGCUGGUGAAGUCGCCAGUGCACCGCAGCAGGUCAUGUCUGGGGGCUCGCAGCAGGAGCUAUCUUCAGCUGGCCAGGCUGCGGGGUCCUCUGCCAGCGAAGGGAAUCGUGGGAAAGCGCGCGAGUACCACCCAAGGGCGCCGGAGCCGCCCUACGCGGUCGCCUAUGCUUACCGCAUAUGGCCUAGCAAGGCGUUCCGUAACUAUAAGCUGCGACCUGACUUCCUGGAGGCUUUUCCGGUGCCAGCGGGCAAGACCUUCAAUGUCAACUCCUUCCUGGGGCCCAAGGACGCGCAGAAGGGGCAGUACUACGUGCCGCAGCCCCGCUACCGGCAGUUCCUGGAGUCGUACGUGUCCGCGCUGGAGGACGGCUACCAGAUGUACCUGACGGAGAACUACCAGCAGCAGGUGUAUAAGUACUUUGUCGAGCUGGACUGGGACUGGGACACGGACCUGGCGCGUGUCAUGGAGGUGACGCCGCUGCUGAUCGAGCUCAUCAGCGCCACCGCGUCUGCGCAUUACACCUUCCCCUCUGCAAACGUCAUCACCUCCAUCCGUACGCCCUACAAGGUGCACCUCAACUAUCCGCAGCUGCUGACCACGGAGCUGCUGGCCAGCGGCUGCCGCGACCGCAUCCUUGCCGCCAUCCGCGAGCACCCGCGGCUGUGCGGGAUGGACGUGGACUGGGAGCGGCUCAUCGACUUCCCGCACGGCAGCCUGCGGCUGAUGGGCUCCAAGAAGGCGCCCUGGAUGGACAGCGACCCCGCGUGGGUGGCGCAGCAGGACAAGGCCUAUGCGCCUGCCAAGCUGGGCCCGGAUGGGCGGUGGCGGCCCACACGGCUGACGGCGGGCGUGCUGGCCGCCGCCAGCAUCUUCCCCCGCGCGGAGCAGGUGGCGGCGUUCGAGCGCUCGCCCGCGUACCUGGACAUGAUCUUCAACGACUUCGAGGCCAGCAAGCAGCGCAUGGAGGAGCGGCGGCGGCGCCGCAUGGAGCUGCGUGAGCAGUACCAGCAGACCGGGCCGCCGGUGCCGCAGGUGCCGCUUCCGCCAGGCAGCAGCAAGCUGCCGCUGGUGGUGAGCCUUGAGGUGCAGCCGGACGAGAGUGUGGCCCUCAAGAUUUACAUCAAGUCCAAGUACCGGACAAAGGCGCAGCCCAAGUAUACAUAUAAGUCCUCGAUGCGGCCGGGGGCCGGGCAGGCGGGUGUAGGGACAGGCGACAGCCCGGCGCAGGUGGGGCACAACUCGGGUGCAACGGGCGCUGAGGCGCCCACGAGCUCGGCGGGGAGAGGGGAGUCGCAAGGCGCUGCAUGAGGGUAGGUGUGCUACUGUGCCUGCAGGCGCUUGGGCGCUUUGAUGGCAUCGGUGUCUAGGACCCCAGCAGCGAUGAGGUCUAGUCUGGGGUGCGGUAAAACCCAAGGUGCCGCGCGGUGCAUGGGAGUGAACGUGCCAGGCGUGUGUGCAAUGUUGUGCAAACGCUGCCAUGCAAGCGGUACCGGAUGAGCACAGAGAUGACACGGUACAGGUACAGAGCUAGGCGGCGUGGAUGCGUGGCGCUGAAUUAGGGUGCAUGACGUGCGCCGCCAUGUAAUUCUACCGCAUA